AAGCCGAUGCGAUGCGUGCUGGGUUUGGAACUGCGGGCGCCCAUCGCCAGGUUUUUAGUUUCUUGUUUUUCUCCUACUGAACGGCACGGAACGGAUCGUCCGUGACGCUGCUCCGUGUUUUUGUCGCACGACGCGUUCGCCUGAAGAGAAGGCACACACCACACACGCACACUACGAGGUGUAAAGUUGCAGAACUACCGAAACGUCGGAAACGCGUCGUUACCUGGUUGAGGCGUACCGUGCAGGACUCCGAAAAUCGGUACCACCAAACGCUACUGGAAGGAGUACGAGACUCUUCUAACAGGCAAAACUAUUGAGUUCACCCCCACUACUCACACAGACACAGUGCUCUGGACAAGUGCACCGAGUGCCGAAUGUUAAACGGGUAGCAGCAGGAAGCGUCACACUGCUAGUAGGUUGAGCCGUAUUUUGUUGAUUGGGUGACAGCCGCAGCCUUGACGCUGCUGAUUACUAAACAAAACAGAAAAAUGUGUGACGCAUCGGGCCGGAUGGCCGGAAGGAGCGUACGAGGCACUACUUCCUAGAGUGAUCUAUUCCACUGCAGUUACGCUUUUGGGUGAGAAUAUUCGUGGGCGAGUGCAAACAGAAAGAAAAUCAAAGGAAAGUGAAGUGGCCGUUGUGAUUACUGUUUUCCGCUGAUCUCUGGUGUGUGCAUUAUACAGUGAUUGUGUUGGUGCGUGCGUGUAUAGAUGAGUGUGUGUUUUUGCAAGUGUCACAAGCGCACUAGGAAGUGCAAUAAGUAGAUCCGGUGUUGGCGAAGAAAGCGCCCUAACCUUGCUCACCAAAGUGAGCGACAGAGAGAAAGCGAGAGAGAAAGAGAUAGAGCGAGUGAAUGUGAGGCAGUGCGUUUGUGCGUGCUCCUAUGUAAAAGUAAGUGCGUGCUUGUGCGUAUUUAUGUGCGUGUUUGCGUGUGUGUGCAUAUGUCACACUGGAAAGAGUGCCACAGAUCUAGCUCACUGUGCUGUAAGUGUGUCCUGUGAAGGCUGCUGUCGUGUAUGUGUGUUUGAGUGCAUUUGGUCGUGUGCUGCUGCAGGCGGUACGAUCGCAUCCAAACAUAGGUCAGCGGAACAGCUGUAAACGGUUGAAACAGAAGAAGAAGAAGAAGAACCGGUAAAGAGGAAGAAAGAACGAGAGCAAGUGGGCAAAAGGGAGACUGGACAGAGACAGCACAGCACUGCAGACGCAACGGAAGCAGUCGAGAGGAACCGGAAACAGAGCUCACAGGAACAACAGCUAGGCUAAAGCAAUGGCUGAGAUAUGAGUGCCCAGGGGGGCUCCCUAGGGGCUCCAACAUUGGGUGAUCGUCGAUCUCCUUACAUUGGAGGCUAUCCCGACAUACAGCAGCACCAGCAGCAGCAGCAGCAUCAACAGCAGCAGCAACAUCACUAUCAACAGUUGCAGAAUCCUCAUCACGCAGAUUAUCAUCGAGGAACCCUUCAUCCGGAAGCUGCUACCGGAUACCUCGACGUGAAGCAGCAGCAGCAGCAACAGCAGCAGCAACAGCAAGUCCCGAAAGGAUACGCUAAACAGGCAGCUUCGGCCCAGCAACAGCAGCAGCGAUCGGCAGCUGGAACGACGGGACGAGCAGCUGCCGGUGCGCAUCAACAGCAAGGUUUCAACAGUCAAAGUAUGGUCGCAGCGGCCGGCGGGCAGCAGGGCAACAUGGACGUCGGCUACAAUCCACAGAUGAACAACAUGGCGAUGCAUUCGCAAUCGUCGUGGAAUCAGAUGAACGGCAUGAACCAAAUGGGCGGCAUGGGUGGCCAGAUGAAUGGCAUGAAUCAGAUGGGAGGUGGAGCGGGUGGUGCCGGCGGUAUGGGACCGAUGAGUCAAAUGGGGUCCGGAGCGGGGGUCGGAAUGGGUGGCGGUGGUGUGACCGGCGGUAUGCCCGGCAUGAACCAGAUGGGAGGUGGUGGAGGCGUCACAGGAGCAGGUGGUGGUGGUGGUAAUGGUGGAGCGGGCGGUGGUGGAUACGGAAGGCACCAUCAGCAGAUGAACCCGAUGGCACAGAUGAUGAACAUGGGCAUGGGUAUGGGUGGUGCGGGCGGUGGUCAGAUGGGACCGGGCGGUGCUGGCGGUAUGAACGGGAUGGCGGCAGCACAGAUGGGCGGUAUGAAUCCGCUGAGUCAAAUGAACCAGAUGUCCCCGAUGUCGAAGAUGCAGGGGAUGGCGAAUGGAUAUCCGCAGCAUCCUCGGCGGAUGGCUCCCUACCCCAACCCACAGAUGCAGAUGGCCCAGAAACGGUCGAUAUACGGGAUGGGACAGGGGCAAGGUAUGCCGGGAGCGGGAGGACCAUUCCCACCACACCAGGCAGCGGCAGCAGCAGCUGCAGCGGCUGCCGCAGGAGUUCCUCUACCGAUGCAGGCUAACGCCGGCUACGGUAGGCAUCAUGGGCCCAUGGGUCCGAUGAACUACCGUGGAGGACCACCGAUGAUGCAGCAGCGACAAAACACGCCACCGUACGGAGGGCCUGGAGUUGGAGUUGGUGGACCGGUGGGAGCUCCCGGUGGACCUGGACCGCUCAUGGGACAUCAGCAGCAUCAGCAGCCACAGCAACAUCACCCACAGCAUCAACAGCACCAGCAGCAGCAGGCACAGCAGGCGCAGCAGGCACAGCAGGCACAGCAGCAGCAGUAUUACAACACGGGCUACCAGAACAUGCAGGGCUACCAGCCGGACAUUCGCAUGAACUUCCAGCACAGUCCGGUACCGGGUAAUCCUACGCCACCACUAACGCCCGCAUCUUCCAUGACGCCCUACAUCAGCCCCAAUCCGGACGUGAAGCCAAACAACCUGCCGCAGAAUGAAGAGCUGCGGUUGACAUUCCCGGUGCGAGAUGGCAUCCUGCUGCCACCGUUCCGGCUCGAGCAUAACCUCGCGGUCAGCAACCACGUGUUCCAGCUGAAGUCGACCGUCUACAACACGCUCAUGUGCCGGCCGGACCUCGAGCUGCAGCUCAAGUGUUUCCACCACGAGGACCGGCAGAUGAACACGAACUGGCCGGCGAGCGUGCAGGUGUCGGCCAACUCGACACCGCUCGAGAUCGAUCGAGGCGACAACAAGAACACGCAUCGGCCGCUCUAUCUGAAGCAGGUCUGUCAACCGGGCCGCAACACGAUCCAAAUCACCGUCAGCACCUGUUGCUGUUCACAUCUGUUCGUACUGCAACUGGUACAUCGACCAUCGGUAAAUCAUGUGCUGCAUACGCUUCUGAAGCGUAACCUUCUGUCCGCGGAACAAGCGGUAGCCAAAAUCAAGCGCAACUUUGCCGUGAGUCACACAACGAACCCGAAUCAACCGCUCGGUGGUGGCCCGGACAAAGAUCCACUUGCGGCAGAAGCGGCUGCAACGUCCGCCAAGGUAUCAUUGAAGUGCACGGUAACCUCCAAGCGGAUAACGUUGCCAGCGCGAGGUCACGACUGUAAGCACAUCCAGUGCUUCGACCUGGAGGCCUAUCUGGCGCUAAACUGUGAGCGUGGCAACUGGCGGUGUCCAGUGUGCAAUAAACCGGCACUAACGGAAGGGCUCGAGAUUGAUCAGUACAUGUGGGCGAUACUGAACACGCUCAACUCUUCCAACACCCCGAACGGUAUGGACACGGAGGAGGUGAUCAUCGAUGCGCAAGCCAACUGGCGAGCGAUCAAACCACCGGGCAGUCUCAACAAUCCCAACAUCGGAGGUAGUUUAAACCCUCAGCAACCGUCACAGCAGCAGCAGCAGCAACAGCAGCAGCAACAACAACAUCCACAGCAUCAACAACCACCAAUGCAGCAUCAACAGCAGCAGCAACAACCUCCUGUACCAUCCGAACCUAGUGGUGGCAAUGGGCGUGGUGCUGGAACUCCUGGGCUCCCCAACAUUAAGCCCGACCCGGACGGUGGUGAUGCGAAGCAUUUCAACAAGGUGAUGUCGCCUGGAUCCACCUCGCUCCCGACCUGGGACAACAUGAACGCAAUGAGCCCUUACAUGAGCCCGGACAUGAGCUCGAUCGCUAGUGGUAGCAUGAUGGGAUCCAACUACAAUCGAACGCCGCAGUACGACUCCUACGGAAAUCCCAUCAUCAAGCAGGAACCCGGAACAAACCCCGGUUCUGUCGGUGGUCCAGGAAGCGUGGGCAACAAUGGCCCGGGAACUCCGGGUGGUAAUGGCGGAGAAUUUCAUGGUAGUAACCCGCUGGCGCAUCUAAGCGAUUCGGUGAACUCGCUCGAUCCACUGAACGCGAUGGAGAAAUCUUUGAACGAUCAGAUGCCCCACACACCGCACACACCACACACACCGGGCGGCGGUAACUCCUCCGGACAUCCGAUGACACCCGGUGGACCGCCGAGCGUACCGCCCGCGAACGACAUCAACUCCUCCAACCCGCAGCAGCAACAGUCCACCGGCAGCAAUGGCGGCAACACGAACGGUCCCAACGGGCAACCGAACGGCAACAGUAAUAGUGUGAACGGUGGCAGCGGCAACAAUCCCGGUGGCAACAUGAGCCACAGUCCCGGCCAUGCCGGGCACAACAACAUGCAGCUCCAUUCGCCUCAGCAGCAGCACGCUAAUCUGGGACUCGGGCCCAACAAUCCGGCGGCCAACAUCAUGAACUCCCCGCAGAGUCUCAUGAACUCGCCACAGAACAUGAUGAACUCACCGCAGAGUAUGAUGCAGCAGCAGCAGCAGCAAAAUCUCCUCUCGAUGGGCUCUAUGAUGGGCCAGCAGCAACAAAGCCACCAGAACGCGCUCGCCGGUCUCACCGAUGUCGAUCUGCCGGCAGAUCUCAACUUCGAUCCGGCCGCCGUCAUUGAGGGUGAAGGUGGCAAUGAUCUUAAUCUACUACCGGACAACGGAAUCGUCGAUCCGAUGGAAUUGCUCUCCUAUCUGGACCCGCCGGAUCUGAACACGCCACCGUCGAGCGGUUCCAGCAACAACGCCAACAGUGACGACAUUCUGGCAGCACUGUUCGAUUAAGUUCCCGCUUUGGAGAGACACAAAGGGAGAAACAAACGUACACACACGCGCGCGCACGCACGCACGCUGUAAAAGGACCAUCGUAAGAGGGGUGGACAUAAACUAUGGGAACAGGGAAGGACCUAGGAAGCGUUAGCAUUAAAUGUAGUUCGAACCAGCAGUAGAGCAGUUUAGGAGGGUGGGCAUUUCCCGCGUCCUAGUUCUUCCCCCGACCUGCUACCACUACCCGACCACCACCUCCUCGCUAGAAAUUCCCCCCGGGAAUGCAUGCAAUGCGCGUGUGCGUCAGGUGAGGGACUUGCUUUAUUCUUAAGUUAUCGAUUCCCCGCUCCGGUUUUCACAUUCUAAUUUCUUCGGGGCAGUAGAGCUCGUUUAGUUUUUUUUUUUUAGUGUACAGCUUUUCAGGACAAAAACAAAGAAAGAAAGGGAAAACAAAUACCUAGCGUGAGCGGGAAAACAAACGGGUCUCACACGGAAACACACAGACACAACACAAACCAGCAUCUAUCGUAUCAGGUACUCGCAUUGUCACGACGCGGCCACCACACACACACACACAUAACUGUAGAACGUGGAACGGUGUGUACGCUGCUUAGUGUCCUUCUAGUGUAGUAGACAGGAGCACGAGAGAGAGAGAGAGAGAGCGCGAGAGAGAGAGAGAGAGAGAGAAAGCAUAAAAAUGAUCAAAGAAUGAUCCUUGGAAAAGGAGUUUCGUCGAGCACGUUGUUCGUGUGAUUCCUUCGUCCUAUUAUCAUAACACACACACACACAGUCAUCCUGUUAGUAAUAUACGAUCACAUACACACACACACAAAACAGCACACAUAUGCGAGGCACGAUCUUCGGCCAUGAAGUUCAAUUGUACAGUUAAAUUAAUGAAAUCGCUUCGCAUGUGUGUUUGUGUGUGUGCGUGUUCUUUCACAAAAAAAACGAAUUGGCCUUUGUGUUCAAAGUUUAUUUUUCUGUUUUAUGUAAGAAAAGUUAUUUAUUUACCCCAAAGGAAAACCCACCCCGACGGCUGUUUCCUAUCGUUUCCCUGUUUUCCUGCUCACUCACUCUCGCGCUCGCUCUCUCUCUCUCUCGUUGCUCCUGUUCUUUUAAGGCGCGUUUAUUUAUUAUUAUUUUUAUUAAUACAUUUACCGUAAAUUAUCUCCUGCGCUUCUUGUGUAUUAUAUUCUCUGUUUUCUAUUUUGUACUGUGUAAACUAGAGCAAACAAAAACAAGAACUCCAUUAGAACGUAACUAUAAAUAUAUAUAUAUAUAUAAAUGUAUGUAUGUAUGCUACCAGCGCCACGACGGUACGCGGUUGUGUGUCCGGGUACGUGUGCGUGCUCUGUUUUCUUUUGAGGUUUUUUGCUUGAGGGAGCGAAAGAAGAGGAAGGAUUCUGGUGUUUCUUCUUCUUGUACGGUUUGUUUUAUUGUUUUGUUUUGCUGCUUUUCCGCGUGAUGUGUGCUGAGUGAGGGAAAGGAAAAGAUGGGUGUGUGAGAGGAUAAGAAUGUUAGAAAGCGAGUAGCGAGUAGCAAAAACACUCACACACGAAAACAAAAGAAAACAAAACAAAAGUGAAAAGAAAAUGUGUAAAAUGUUAAUUUAGGGGGAAAAAACAGGAUGGAAAGGAAAAAUCCCAUGGGAAAGGCGUUUGUUUAUUGCUAAGCUUUAGGUCGUAGUGGCCGUGGAUCGUGUGAUCCACCGGCCCGGUACACGAUGGUGGUAAAGUGAUUGGAAAAAAUAAGGGAAAAAUGAGGAAAAACAAAAACAUGGGAAAAGUAAAACUAAAAAUUUAAUGAAAGGAUAAGGAAGAAAACAAGAACAGUAGACACAUACACACUAAAAAACGGAAGAGGAAGAAACACACACACACACACGAAAUGAAACAUGUUACAUUUAAUGAUACUAAAUUUUAAAUACAAGAAGAAGAAGGAAGAUGGAGGAAGCAAAGGAGGAGAACAAAAAAAACCCAAGAAAAUUAAUCAAAAGUGUACAAAAAAGUAUGAAAGUAACCUACUACUUACUAACGACGAUUCAAGCGUAAGUGAACAGCAUACAUACAGAAGAAGAGAAACAAACAAACAAAAAGCAAAACACUCCUACACGCCACCCUCUCCCAUUACGACAAUGAGACGCAUACACUUUCAUUUGAAGAACAGAAAACGAAACCAAUCACCAAUAAAUGCAUUAAAAGAAGUAACUAACUAUUAGCAAAAGCAAAGGAAAAAUAAAGGAAAAGAGAAAAGAAUAAAAAUCACACACAUAAUAAAGAAAGGCAACUCCAUGAAAAAGAAAACUAAUACCCAAGUCCCCCCCCCCCCCCCCCCUUCAGAACACACACACACCUCCUCUCUAGAAUCUAGUAACGAUAUACAGCUUAGCAAAUUAUGAACACCGACACACACACACACACACUAAGAAAUGUAAAACAAUCCCCUCUAACACAACCAACUCUAUUGAGCGUUAGUCAUGAAUGGGUAACCCCCCCUCCCAAACACCCACAGAGAUCAGAAAGGGGGUCGGUGACUCUUGCCCCACAUAGCCAACUCGCUUUCUCGCACUGUCUUUGUGAGAGAUUGUGUCAUUGUACUUUGAUUGAUUACCACUUCCAAGAAGAAGAAACAAGAAAAGGGCUAAUUGAGGUUAGUAAAACACACAGAUUAGUGCAAGAGAAGAUAACUAACAAGAUAAACACACACACCGACACACAAAGAACAGGAUGAAUGAGGGAGGGGGAGGGAAGCGAAGAGUGGGGUAAACAACACAGUUGACCGAACCAGUAGAGGGGCUCGGGUGAUAGGAAGUGAUACUGGCCGCACGUAACAAUGGAACACUAAUAAAUGAAUUGAACAUAAUAAUGUGAAACAAGAGAGAGAGAACGAGAGAGAACGAGAGAGGAAGUGAGUGCGAGAGAAGAGAAAUACACAUAUUGAAAAACAAAAAUACACAAAUGGUUGCCACACGUGUCAAUGAUUGAAA